GUCAAAUAAAUCCCUUUCAUUAUCAACCAUCGAUCGUCGUUAGAGAUUCAAUCGCCAAAAUGGACUACCUGGACAUUGAAUCCUUCCGCUCCAGGUACAGCGACAUAACCGUCACGGCCGUGCCAUCGCGCCCCAAGGCGGACGAGGAGCCAGCAAUGGACACCAACCAGGAGCUAGCAAUCAAGACGCAUGUGCCACAAGUGGAGAUAACGAGGGUGAGUGGAGCCGCUUCUGCUGGCAGUAGCUCCACUGCGAAUGCAGCGAUGAUGCUGCGCAACAGGCAGCAGACAAACAGCGCCGCACUUGCCUACGCCAACGAGUACAAGGAGGUGAUGGCCAAACUGGAGUACACCAAGUACAUGCAGGCCCAGUUGCAAAUAAUGUCGGCGGCAAACGGAGGAGGAGGUGGUUUUGGCAUCGACUCCGAUCUGUUUGGCACAUCUAUAGGUCUCGAUGAGAACGCCAACAUAGUGGACAAGUACUCCGAUCUACUCAAUGUCCUGGGGGAAAUGCGCACCAAUGUGCCGACCACGAUGGCGGGUUUAAGGGCACCCAAGGAGCGCAUGCAGCGCGAUAUAGCCCAUGCCAGGCUGAAGGUGCGCCAGUGUCUUCAGCUCCUGCAGCAGGCAGAGGAGGAGACCGAUCAGACUGACUUCCAGGGUGCCCCAGGCCAAGUGUGACGUCAUGUGCAUAUGUACGUAUGUACAUCUCUGCAUUGUUAACGACACCUCUCCGGGAUUGCGAGUGCCACGACAAUAAAAGACUAGAAUAAC